UGCAAUUUUUACAUUUUGCGGACAAUGAGGUUUAUGAUCCCGAAUCGCACCCUAAUCCAAAAUUGUGUAAAAUAUGGCCUUUGUUCGAGCGUUUGAAUGGGAAAUUUAUGAACGCAUAUUCUCUAAGUAAAAACGUUUCUAUUGAUGAAAGUUUGAUGUUGUAUAAGGGGCGCCUUGGUUGGGUGCAAUAUAUGCCACUCAAAAGAGCUAGGUUUGGCAUAAAAUUUUACAUGUUAUGCGAAUCCGAAUCUGGUUACAUGUGGUCAUGCAUAAUCUACACGGGUAAAGGAACCAUUUUGAAUGAGCAAUUCAAAAAUUUGCCUGUGUCAUCACAAGUCGUGAUGACACUAUUGUAUCCCCUUUUGAAGAAAGGGCACUGUGUAACGACGGAUAAUUUUUAUACGUCCCCAGAACUGGCAGAAUUGCUAAUAGCGUAUAAAACCGAUAUAUAUGGCACAGUUCGCUUGAACAGGAAAGGUAUGCCUAUUGAUCUAAAAAAAAGGAAGGAAAAGUUGAAAAAGGGAGAAAUUGCUGCAUUUCAAAAGGGAAAAAUCAUGGUUCUGAAAUGGAAGGACAAAAAGGAUGUAGCACUGCUUUCCACUGUGCACAACAUGGAGAUGGUUGCAGUUACCCGCAGGAAGGAAAAUAAAAUGAAACCAAAAGUGGUAGUAGAUUACAAUGGAACUAUGGGAGGGGUCGACCGUGUAGACCAAAGACUAAGCAGUUACAAUGUCACUAAAAGAAGAGGGAAAAAAUAUUACAAAAAGAUAUUUCUCCAUUUAUUGGAUAUAACACUAUGGAAUUCAUAUGUGUUGUACACAAAAUCUGGUGGAAAAAGAAGUCAUCUUCAGUACAGGACGAAAAUAAUAGAAAACAUUAUUGAAAAGUACCACUCGGUAGAAUUUUCUGCCAAAAAAGGACGUCCUUCUGCUGAUCACCCCCCAUCACGUCUGUCUGAAAGACAUUUUGUUGAUUACAUUCCACCAACGGAGAAAAAAAGUAAUCCAACAAGACAGUGUAUUAUUUGCUGCUCAAAGAGAGACAGUAGAGGGAAGAAGAGAAACAAGAUUCUACUGUCCAGAUUGCGAUGUUGGACUCUGUGCAGUACCGUGCUUUCGAAUGUACCAUACACGAUCAAAUUUUGA